GCCCCGCCCGUCGCGUCACAGUCGUAGGCGUGCCCGCUUCCAAGAUGGCGGCAGCGGCGAUGUCCGGCGCGCUCGGCCGGGCGGGCUGGAGGCUCCUGCACCUACGGUGCCUGCCCGUGUCCCGUUGCCAAUCAGCCGUGGUGUCACGUGCCUUCCAUGCUUCAGCCAUGCAGCUAAAGUCUUCAGAUGAGCAGAAGCAACAACGUCCCCCAUCUUUUUCUCAGCAACAUUCUGAGACACAUGAGGCAGAAGAACCCAAUCCAGAGUCUUCUCGUUCACCCCCCAGGUACACAGAUCAGGGCGGCGAGGAGGAGGAGGACCACGAGAGUGAGGAGCAGCUGCAGCACCGCAUCCUGACGGCAGCGCUGGGCUUUGUGCCUGCCCACGGGUGGACAGCAGAGGCCAUUGCAGAAGGAGCCCAGUCUCUGGGUCUGUCCAGUGCGGCAGCCGGCAUGUUUGGGGACGACGGCAGUGAGCUGAUACUGCAUUUUGUGACCCAGUGCAACGCUCAGCUCACUCACGUGCUGGAAGAGGAGCAGAAGCUGGUACAGCUGGGCCAGGCAGAGAAGAGGAAGACAGACCAGUUCCUGAGGGACGCAGUGGAAACCAGACUGAGAAUGCUGAUCCCGUACAUUGAGCACUGGCCCCGGGCCCUCAGCAUCCUCAUGCUCCCUCACAACAUCCCAUCCAGCCUCAGCCUGAUCGCCAGUAUGGUGGAUGACAUGUGGCACUACGCUGGGGACCAGUCCACUGACUUUAACUGGUAUACCCGCCGAGCUGUGCUGGCUGGCAUCUACAACACGACAGAGCUGGUGAUGAUACAGGACUCCUCUCCAGACUUUGAGGACACUUGGCGCUUCCUGGAAAACCGGAUUAAUGACGCAAUGAACAUGAGCCACACUGCCAAGAAGGUAAAGUCCACUGGAGAGGCACUGGUGCAGGGACUCAUGGGUGCAGCAGUGACGCUCAAGAACUUGACAGGUCUAAACCAGCGCCGGUGAGUGGGAACCAGCGCUGAGCUAGAGUGCCCAGAAGAAAAGCUGCAGGUACAUUGAAAGGGCUUUGAAAAAUAUGAAGUGCCGUCCAGGGUGUUAAUGAGAAAACGCUGAAGGACUCCUUAGUCACUACGACAGCCACCUGGAAACCAAAGGGCACUUGAUACAGCUGUAGCCUGCAGUCGGGCUACCUCUUCAGUUCCAAAUGCCAGGCCAGGCCUCCUGAUGCCUUUCUGCGUUGCAGCUGUGUGAUUGAAAAAUGAAGCUCUCAUCCAAGCCAUCGAGCCACAGAAACCCAGCACGUCCCUGUCAUGGUCUCACGGAUGCCUUGAUCACGUCUUAACCUUCCCAAAGUGUUCUCUGGGGCUCCCAAAUGAGAGUCAGGGUGUGGAGCCAUUACAAGGUGGCUGCCCACCCCCGGCAUGGCUCGACUUGUGCCCACAGGUGUUCCUCACCACCCCCCCCACCCUGGUGUCCUGAGAUACUGCACCUGGGACCCUUCAGAAAGCUGCCUCACCUGAGACUGGUGCCUCCAGACAGCGGUGCUCAGCCUGGCCAGAGGCGGGAACCCAGGCCCUUUGCCGUGUUACACCAGCACGUGUGGCAGGGCUAGAGUGAGCUUUCGAGGGUAAAAAUAGUAAUAAAUAUGUUUGAAGCCGU